AAGAAUCUCUCCACUCCCUGUUAGAGUUUGGCAGCUAUGACAACGAAGUUUGAAAAUGGGUGGGUUGACACCUCAAAAGAAGAAGCUCUCCUCCUCUAAAAUGUCUCAGAAAGCGCUGAAAUGCACCGUGCAAAUUCAAAUCCAAGCUAUUACUUGUCCAGGGGUUGUGUUACCCAAUCAGGAAGACAUAUACCUGAGUGUCUGCGUCAUGGGACAGUUCAAGAAGACUCUCUGUCUGCCUCCUGCCUUCCCUCUUCUAUUCCAUGAGAACAUGGUAUUUGUGAAGACGUUCACAGGAGCUGCUGACCCAGGUCACAUUGUGGACCUCCUUGAAGCUGACACAACAUCCUUUGAACUGAUUCAGCUUGUGCCUCCAGAGGGGGAUAUUUUGGCCACUAUUGAAGAGAACACCAGAGAAUUCCUCUAUCCAGGCCCCAAGCUGACACCUAGAGCCGGUGGUCCCGAGAGAGAGAUGUUGAUGAGGAGAUCUAUCUGUUUCCCUGGAAUCUCUCCUAAAGUGGAGUUUGCAACCAUGUCUGUCAUUGAGGAAUGUGAUGGGAAAGAUAGCCAGCCUCAGCCUGCCUCCCCUCCGUGUUGUAGACCAUCCCCAGACAAACAGUCCCCAGCAAGGCGUAGACCAGUCAGAGGGGCUGUCGGGAGCCCUAGACAGACGCUGAAAGGGAAGGAUCUGAGUCUUAUUGGUCCAUCCAGUGGUUAUGAGCAGCCCACUGUGGCCUCCCAAGCCCGUGCUCUCUCUCCCUACACCCACCGCAGGAUGUGCCAACUGUCUGAGGAGGCCAGGCAGAGACUCAGCUACCUCCAACUUGGGCCCUACAAGUUCAAGAAGGAAACAGAGGCCCAGAUCCCCUUUGUGGUCACCAGUACUCGGAGUGUCUCCAUGAUUGAGACUCCAUCUCAUCUCUCCUCUAAAAUAAGCCUUCCCCACAGCAGGUCCACCAGCUUUGCUCUAGACCCCCUAGGAGAUGUCUCUCUCCUUGGCAGCUAUAGACCAAAGCCUGUUAAAGUAGGCACUGGCUGUCUGAAGACUCAGAAAUCACCAGGAAGGUCUUCCAGACAGGACUGUUCCAGAACCACAGUCGGGAUGGCCCGGUCAGCCCUGGCUGCCCAGUCCUCUACCCCAGUGUGUGGCCUGAGUCCCCUGCUCAGCCGCUCCUCCCUCAGAGAGCGGUUCCAUAGUAGUGAGUCCAGUCCGUCUAAGGAGAUCCACAGUCGAGUCCAGAAGAUUCUCCACACCCAUUCUACUGACAGGAAACUACACUUUGAUGAGGAUGGGUGUUCGGCUAAGCGGGGGCCUCCGCUCUCCUGUGAAGACUCUUUAUGUGACAGCCAGGCCUUCCAGGACAGGGACACUGCUGGAGAGACAUCUGUCCACCUGGACAAUGGGACAUUCUGGAGCAGUCAGGUUGCCUGCUACACAGGGAAACCCCACAGGGCUGUGUUUGAGGACAGUCUGCGACUCAUCUACAAGAACAUGUACAGAAGGGCCUUGAGCACCACCUGAGACCUACACUAUUAUUGCUUCAGACACCUGGCUGGGUUCCAAUUAUGACUGUGAUGGUACUUGAUUGCUAAGAUGAAGGAACACUGACCCUGUGCUAUACUAUAACCAAAGCUUUGUCAUAUGUUCCCUGGUGACAUUGAUUUUAGCUCAUUUAUAGGGUUACAUGUGUGCACUAUUUACAAUUGUACAUAUCUUUGUACUAAGAAUGUUUAUCUAAACUGAUUUAAUAACUGUACUUUAAAAAAAAUGUCUUUCCUGUCUA